UGCGCACUAGAACACCGUCUCCUUCCUACACGUGAGCAAACAUGGCAGCGCGCAUUGCAAAGCGUGUAAACCGGGCUCGGGGUAAUGACGGAGACUCCGUGAGGCAGGAGCUGGACACGAAGCUGAGGGAGGUGCUGCAGAACCGGGCAAAUGCCAACUCUGUAUUCGAUAUCCUGGAAUAUCUGCAGUCUGAAAACGAAGAUGAUGUUCUUGCUGCAAUUCGGACCUGCUCAAGACUCUUUGAAUCACUACUGCAGAAAGGAGAACUUUAUAUUGGCGACCUCCCGGAGGAAGAGGAGUGCUUACCAGAUUCACUGAGGGCAGAAGAGAAGUACAAAAUGUGGAUCCGACACCGUUACAACAGCUGUGUUUCCUAUCUAGUGGAGCUUCUGAAUGCUACUUCUUUCCAGGUUCAGGAACUGGCCCUGUGCAUGCUUAUGAAAUUUGUUCAGCUUGAAGGAAAGUUUCCAUUAGAAAGUGCCAAUUGGAAAGACAGUUACCGCUUUCCACAUCACUUAUUGAAGCUUGUUAUAGGUAGCUUACUCCAAGAGAAGGAUUUGUCCCCUUUAAUAACUCGAUUCCAAGAAUAUCUGGAAUAUGAUGACGUCCGAUAUUACACCAUGUCAGUGAUCGUUGAAAGGAUUGCGCAAGUAUUCCAGAAAACUAAAGAGCCUUUACCAUCUGCUUUCCUGAACAAUGUUUUUGGUCUCCUUUCAUCCAUUAAUAUGCCAGUUCACAGUGAUUUAUCAAACUUUCUUACAGAGCAAAAAGAAAAAGUGGAUGAUUGGAAGCCAGCAAAGCUGAAGGACCAUAAGAAGGCCUUUGAGAAAGUCUGGAUGAGCUUCCUGAAGCACAAACUGUCAGUGAGUCUGUACAAGAAGGUUCUUCUAAUCCUCCAUGAGUCCAUAUUGCCUCACAUGAGUAAACCUGCUUUGAUGAUAGACUUCCUUACAGUGGCUUAUGAUGUUGGCGGAGCCAUAAGCCUCCUUGCACUAAAUGGGCUUUUUGUUCUGAUUCAUCAGCAUAACUUAGAAUACCCAGAUUUCUAUAAAAAGCUUUACUCUCUGCUGGAUCCUUCAGUGUUUCAUGUGAAAUAUCGAGCCCGCUUCUUUCAUUUGGCCGACUUGUUCUUGUCAUCCACGCAUUUACCUGUGUACCUUGUUGCUGCCUUUGCCAAACGCCUUUCACGGCUGUCUCUCACAGCACCCCCACAAGUCCUAAUGAUGAUUAUUCCAUUUAUUUGUAACCUCAUCCGGAGACAUCCAGCUUGUCGACCCCUCAUUCAUCGACCCUCAGCUGAAGGAGACUUUGCAUCAGAUCCAUUUGUCAUGGAAGAGCAAGAUCCUGCUAAAAGUCGAGCUUUGGAAAGUUCUCUCUGGGAGCUAGAGGCUUUGCAGAAUCAUUACUACCCCAAUGUUGUGAGAGCUGCCAAUGUUAUAAGCCGGGCCCUGUCCACACAGGAAAGUGAGAUUUCUGAGCUCCUGGAGCUGUCAUCCAAUGAGCUUUUUGAGAAGGAGAUGAAAAAGAAAUUCCAUUCUGUACCUUUGGAAUUUGAACCUGUCCAAGGUCUUCUUGGCAAGAAGCAGGAUAUCACCGCAGAGCACUUUUCUUUAUAAUAUGAAACUGUUUUGUGCAAGAUUUCUCUAUUCCACUCACUGAUACAUCAUCAGAACAUCUUUCUUUAUCUGUAAUAUAUUUCUUUUA